CUCGGUACUACAGAAGGAGCAGCAACGUUUUGUCAGCUGCGUCAACUACAUAAGACAACAACAGCUUAACUCGGGCUGUUAAUAAGUAGCAGCGAACUUUAACAUGGCUGAAGCGAGGACUUUAUUUUUAUGGCACAAAGUUGGCAAACUUUAACAACAGGACUCAAAACGCGUUUUCCGUCUAUGACGAGCCCCAUGAAGGCAAGAGCCUUAUUGUCCUAGCUUGCUGGCUAACGUUAGUUAGCCAUUUGUUUGUUGAGUUGCCGAGAUGGCUACUAGAGAGACAUGUCAGCGGCAAACUUACCGGCGGCCGGCUGCCAGCAUAAAGCAAGAGCAAGAUGACGACUCUGAUGUGGAGGAGACUCACAUGGGGUUACGGAGGGCGGACGGGUGGGAGUCCCAGAUCAUCCACAGUGGACACUUCAUGGUGUCGUCGCCACACAGCGAGCACCCCCCGAAGAAGGGUUACGACUUCGACACUGUCAACAAACAGACCUGCCAGACCUAUCAUUUUGGCAAGACGAGUACGUCGCACCUCUCCAUAGAUGCCUCUUUGACUAAACUUUUUGAGUGCAUGACCCUCGCUUAUAGCGGGAAGUUGGUGUCUCCUAAAUGGAAGAACUUUAAAGGUCUAAAACUGCUCUGGAGAGACAAGAUCCGGCUGAACAAUGCCAUAUGGAGAGCCUGGUACAUGCAGUAUGUGGAGAAAAGGGGGAAUCCCGUUUGUCACUUUGUAACCCCGCUAGAUGGAAAUAUGGAUUUGGACGUCCAUCGCCCUGCAGAGGCUAUUGCUUCAGACGGGAAAAACUGGAAAAGAAGAAUUGAAAUUGUGAUAAGAGAAUAUCACAAAUGGAGAACAUACUUCAAAAAAAGGCUACAGAAACACAAAGAUGAUGACCUUUCCAGCUUACUUAAGGUGCCAGAGGAGCAGUUAUCGCUGUUUGGGGAAGUCUUUCCAGACAUGCUCCGUACUUCCUUUUAUCAGGAUGAAGAGGCUGCUGUGCGUCGAAUGAGUCGCAGGCAUAUUGAAACGCCUGCGCCCAUGGAGAUGGACACCCUCUUUGACAUGGACAUUCUGAUGUCCGAGUUCUCAGACACGUUAUUUUCCACACUGACCUCACACCAACCUUUGGGCUUGCCCAAUCCAAGGGAAAUUGCUCAUGCAGGGAAUGCAGACAUGAUCCAACCUGGACUUAUCCCCUUACAGCCCAACCUGGACUUCAUGGACUCCUUUGAUCCACUGCAAGGUUGCGACUUAUUUCACAGCCUCCGUCAGCCUGUCCUUCCCUCUGUUUCCCCCACUGCAACAUCUGUCACCCCUCAACCCAGCAGCAGCUCCCAGUCUCAGGCCCCGUUAAUGUCGUCUUUGCAGCUUUCACCCAACCAGAUUACGCCUGCAGGCUCACUGUCCAUCCACAGCCAGACCAGUCAGACAGACAGCGGUGGCGGAGGAGCCUAUGUAGAGAACUACAUGCCUCUGUUUGCCAGGCAGGUGGUCUCCAGCAAUCAGUCCGCAGCUUCCCUCAACCCUCUGGUACCCUGCCUCCCGGGUCAGAACUUAUCCUCCGCACCAGCCAUGAUUUCCUCACCUUUAAACAGCGGCUCAGUGCUGGAUGAAACUGUUGCCCCCUCUGUGAUAACGCACACAGCGCCCUCCACCGUCACCCCGAGCAACACAACCAGCACCGUCAGCCACGUCUCAGCUCCUCCAUCCCAACUCCAGCUCCUCGCGCCGCUGCCUGCCACGCCCAUCCAGCAUCCUCAGGCCUUCGCUCUGCCUCGCCCCUUCCCGGCCAACAGCUCCAGCAAAGUCCGUCCUGUGACGAGGAUCGCUCCUGCAAACACACUCCCUUCUUCCCAGUUCAUCCUCCCAGCCCCUUUUCAAGGUCAUGCUAAUGCUGUGAUUGUUACAUCUCCACCCUCCACCGGCGUGGUUAUCACCCCUUCCCACCUUGGAGCGAGCCCUGGGUUUCAGGUUGUGCCUCAUAACCAGAAGUCGCAGCAACCUUCCGUGCCUGAAGAUAAGUCUUGCUUCAGAAAAAAUCAGAAAGAGCCCUCAAGUGUCGGUCAAAGUCAGACCGGAUCCAGUCAAGGGUCACCUUGUGGUUUAGAUCAGGUUCCCAGUCCUCAAUCUAUAAUCAGCAGCAGCAGCAAACCUCUGGUAAAGAGCGAGCACAAUCAGAACCGUCACAUAUCUGCUGAACAAAAGAGACGAUCAAAUAUCAACAUUGGCUUUAAGACACUCGGCAACCUUGUUCCCACUCUGAAGUCACAAUCGAACAUUACAAAUGCAGUCACUCUACAGAAGACAGUGGAGCACAUUGGGAAGCUCCAGCAGGAGCGGCAGCAGCUGCAGGAUGAGGUCAAGAAGCUACGGGAGGAAAUAGAGGAGCUCAAUGCUUCCAUUAGCUUGUGUCAGGAGCAGCUGCCUGCGACGGGCGUGCCGAUGAGGAAAAAUCGCUCUGAUCUCAUGCAGGACAAGUUCAAUGAAUAUGUGAAGAACCGCACUCUCCAGAACUGGAAGUUCUGGAUUUUCAGCAUCAUCAUCAAACCACUGUUUGAGUCGUUCAGUGGGAUGGUUUCAACGACGAGCAGGGAAGAGCUGUGUCACACCACGCUGCAGUGGCUCGACAAUCACUGCUCCCUUCCUGUCCUCAGACCCAUGGUGCUGAGUUCACUCCGUCAGCUGUGUACUACUACGUCCAUCCUCAGCGAUCCCUCCCUGCUUCCUGCUGAGGCCCUUGAGGCUGCCGCUAGCAAAGACGUGUAGCCGUCCUCUCAGGAGUGGAUGCGACCCAAAAGCCACUUGAACAUUUUUCAGCAUCAAAACCGUUUUCCUGCAACAUCGCCGCGUCUUCCAAAGACUCAGAAGUUCCCAGACGAAUUGGUGAAACGAGAACUGUAACAUGGGAUUACCGUUACUCUGAAUGUAACGGCUUUACAUCUGGUCCGCUACGUAAUGACUGGUGGGAGAAUAAUGCAGUAGAUGCCACCUUCACCUGCAGAGGUUAUCUAAACACUUCAUUGGAAGCUGGUACUUGUGUUUUCAUUCUUCAUCGUAGAAAGUUGUUUUCUAAUACAAAGAUGCAGAUUAAGAAAGGGAAACGCUGAAUGAAUUUGCACCAGGAGGAAACUGUGAUAUUUUUAUUUUUAUUUCCCCAGAGAAAGCUGGAGUUUGUUUAUUUUGCAGCCGAUCAUCAGUUCAUGUUGGGCUGCGCCUUGUGGGCAGCAGAUAUUUGAGUUUCUUAUCGCUCAUUGACUCAGGUGAAUAUCACGCUGCCAGUGAUCUCUUCUGCUCGCUUGAUAGUAGACAUGGGCCGGUAUCAUAAUCUGUAAAAAUAUUAUGGUUUCGUCUUACCACCAAACACAAACUCACCAUCUUUAUUCACAAUGUGCAAAACAGAACAGCAUCAGUUCUCCCUACUGCUGCUAUAUCACUGCAUUAACUACAACAGUUCUAGUAAUGUAACAUUUUUACUCAUUGCUGAUUUGAAGUUCCAAAAAUAUAGAAUAAACACCAAUUUCGAUCAUACAUAUAUUCUGUUUAUUUUAUGUACCUUAACAGUUAUAUAAGUUAUAUCUUUUUGUGAACAGAAAUGCCUCCAAAGAGCUAAAUGUGUCUGUUAUAAACAAGGGGAGAUUACAGCAAGCCUGUUUUUUUGUUAGCAAGCUGACCUGCAGUGUGCAGCAGGAGGUGGAAACAGGACAGCUCUGCAUCACUCGAUGCUUCACACACCUUGAGAAAUCUCAGGUUGCUCUUGCACUUCAUCCUUCUCGUUAAUAAAAUGACUUUAAGUUGUAGAAAAUGUAAAUUUUAGCAAUGUUUUUUUUUUUGUUUUGUUUUUUGUUGUUUUUUUUUACGCUGGAACUUUCUAAAACAUCAGUACCGGUCCCAUGUCUAUCUCUUAUUUUCUCCAUCCAUUCUGAACUUCUUCCUUUUCGGGCAUGAAGAAUAUUUCUCCCGGGUUUGAGUUUCAAAACACAGCUGCCAUUUUGUGUGUUUUAACAGCAGCAUGGAGCCAUAUUUACAGCCCUCGUAGGGAGCUAAACCAACAGUCCUACGUAGUACGAAUUAUGUGUACAGAUUACAUUUACAUGCAGUAUUACUCUGCUGAGUCUUUUCUUGAUGCUGGUGUUCACUCAGGGCUACACUUCUGCAGAAAAUCAAGACCUUUGUCCUUUUCAGCAGACAUCUGCCUUAUGGGCUGAUUUCUUUGUUUUAAGCUUUUUACCUUAAUUUGUAACAGAUCAACCAAAGCCAUAUCAAGGAGGAGAGAGAGUGAGUCAUCCGUAAGGUGUAUCAAAGAGAUUAGUCUGAUUCAUGGAUUUAGAGUAAAACUCCAGACAGACGUCUCUGACCUCCGUCAGCCUUAAGGUCAAAGUGUCCUUACCUGUGGUCUUUGCAGUGUCUUUGCUUUUAUUUGUUGCUCUUCACUCCUCAGGCAGAUCUUGUAUUGUUUUGGUUUUUGUUCUGCAGAACAUUGACGUUUACAGAAGCAAAAAGCACCAACUGUGUUUGUUUGAAUGUUCAUGUUGAUAGUGUAAAGCCUUUUAGUGGAGAUUAUGAAUCUCCUUAGAGAUUCAGCUUUUCGACAUGGUAAUUAACUUGUGAAAAUGAAAAAAAAAAAAAGCAAAAAAACCCGGAUGCAGUGAUAAAAAGACUGCAACUAUGCAUCAUGUGUAAUAUACAGAUCAAAUAUGAAAGGAGUUGGAUUACACAAGUGGCAACAAGGGGAGCAUGUCGAGUCUUCCCUGACUGAUGAAUCACAUACCUGAUCAAACCCCACAUUUUAUUAUUUAUUGUUAUGAGAACAUUCAACAGAUUGUCAGCAAAGAACCUUGAAGAAAUGCUUUUGAAGAGAUGCUGUUUGCAGUGGUUGGAUCAGAGACUUGGUGAGACGCUGUGCCUUUAAGAUCAUUUGCAGUCGUACAUUAAAAAUUGUGCACAUGGGAACUUUAAACAAUUACUUGUGAGCUAAAAUUGUUUACUGUGUCUUCAGAUUAUUCAUCGCACAUCUGAAUGCAGCAGCUGCCAGUUGUAAUCUCCUGUUUGCAACAAGUUUCUCCUUCAAACUCUGCUGUGUGUGUGUGUGUGUGUGUGUGUGUGUUAUCUUCAGUUGUUUUAACCUUAUUCUGACAGAAAGGCGGGUUUCCAGGUUAAUUUGUCCUUUUCUGUGAGACUUGCAUGUGUUUUCUUGUACAGUAUGUCACUGCAGAUGGGAUCUGCAUAUUAGUUCUUCCCGUUUCUGUGGUAUUUUUGUUUAAGAAAUAUCUUAUGCAUUAUAUGAGAAAUGUUCAAGUUCUCCAGGGUUGACAUGCAACUCGUUGUAAAAAUGACUUUGCAUCACAAUAAAUACAAGUAAAAUAAA